AUGUUUCUCCUCCUCGCUCUUCCCUUCCUAGUCCUGGCCCUCGAUCCAGGCCAAAUAAAAAACCUCGUCACCUUCGGGGAUAGCUACACCGACGUUAUUUCCAUUAGCGACGGCGGCACCCCCUGGCCCAUUUACACUGCCCAGUACGCCAACCUUACUCUAUACCCUUACGCGCGUUCUGGGGCUACGUGUUCAAAUAACAUCACCUACCGACCCUCUCCCUCCGUAUUCGAAAGCCAGCUACCGUUGUAUUUUGCUGAAAAGGAUAAUGGUUCGAUUGUAUUGGAUCCCAGAGUGACGCUGUAUACACAAUGGAUCGGAACAAAUGACGUAGGCAGAUAUUCAAUCCUCACAGGGAGCAAUGACGCGUCCAUUGUGGACGUUACGAGGUGCAUGAUUAAUUGGGUGAAGGUGCUUUAUGAAAGUGGGGCGAGGAAUUUUUUGGUUCAGAAUAUGAUCCCGCUAAACUCCACGAUUCUCUACGCACCAGUAUCAUAUCCCAAUAGGUACUUCACUGACCCGCGGAACACCACCGAAUGGAGCGUGUUCAUGCGUGAACUAGUGUUGAGUGGGAACGCGCUAUCGCGUUUGAUGCUUCACGCCUUGUUACCAGAAAUUCCUGGGGCUCACAUCGGAAUCUUUGACUCGCACGCCCUCUUCACAGACAUGUAUAAUAAACCAUCAGAGUACCUCAAUGGCACGGCACCACUGAACGUGACAGGCGCGGUCGUAUCGUGUGUGUAUCCAGAGGGAAAUGACAAUUCCAGCGUGUGUACGACGGCCUAUGGGUCGGAUCGGGAUAGUUUUCUCUGGUACGAUGAGCUACAUCCUAGCGAACAAGCAGAUAGAAUCGUGGCGAGGGAGGUUGCGCAGGUGGUCAGAGGAGAAGAGAAUCGAUGGACGACGUGGAUUAGUUGA